AUGUUGUCGCCGUCCUUAUCGCUGCUUGCCCUAGGGCUUGCGUCCGUUGCGCCCGCUCUCGCUGCAAAACCAGGUGGUUUCGAGGAUGGUGGAGAUACGCUGGUCAGCGCAAUGAUGAUGUUCGUCGGUAAUGAAGAGAAGGUCUACAUCCUCGACAAAGCCGAAGGAAACGCUGCGCAGGUCAACAAUCAUCCCGCAUGGGCAUCCGUUUGGGAUAUCAACACUCGACUUGCGGAAGUGAUGGAUGUGCCCUCAAAUGUUUUCUGUUCAUCUGGGAUGCACUUACCCAAUGGCUCUUUCGCAACGUUUGGCGGAAACGGUGCGGUCGGACGAGGGGGUCAGAUUGGGUCCGUCAAAAACCCAGGAGGUUUUACCGCCUCAUGGGACGCUGAAUACCAGAACUCGGAUGGAUCUCGCGCGAUUCGUAUCCUCGACCCCUGUACCUCCGCAGACGACUUCAACUCGCGCCAAUGCAGAUGGUUCGACGACGCCACGGUUCUGGCAAUGAAGGUGCCACGAUGGUACUCAACCGCCGAACCACUCGCCGACGGCACUAUUGUCAUGAUUGGCGGCUUCACUACAGGUGGAUACAUCAACAGAAACUAUCCCAACACCGAGCCCAACGGCGGUGGUUCCCAAAACUCUUACGAAUUCUUCCCCGCGCGCGAUGGCGAUCCACCCAACCUGCCUUUCCUGACCCAUACCUCCGGAUUGAACACCUACGUUCAUGCUUUCAUGAUGCCCUCCGGAUUGAUGUUCUUGCAGGCCAACGUUUCAACUACUUUGUGGAACUAUAACGACAAUACGGAAACUCGUCUGCCUGACAUGCCCAACGGAGUCGUCCGAGUAUACCCAGCAUCCGGUGCCGUCGCCAUGCUCCCUCUUACCCCGGCCAACAACUAUAACCCGACCAUCAUCUUCUGCGGUGGUACCGACAUGAAGGAUGAGGAAUGGGGUGAUUUCGCAUACCCGUACAUCAACACCUGGGAUUACCCUGCCUCCAAGGAUUGUCAGAGAAUCACUCCCGAACCUGAGGAUGGUUCCGCACCGGUGUAUGAACAAGACGACGACAUGUUGGAGGGACGCACCAUGGGACAGUUCAUCAUUUUGCCUGAUGGCAAGCUUUUGGUGCUAAACGGCGCCCUUAACGGCACUGCUGGUUAUGCUCAAAGCACGCUACUCGUCGAGUCUUACGCUGACAUGCCAUGGGGCGAGUCGCUUGCCGCUGGACCUGUCCUUACCCCCGCCAUCUAUGACCCCAAUGCACCAAGGGGUCAGCGAUGGACUCGAGCAGGACUCGAAGAGGCCAAAUAUCCUCGCAUGUACCACUCUUCCGCCAUGCUCUUGCCCGACGGAUCAGUUUUGGUCGCAGGCUCCAACCCUAACGUCGAUGUCAAUCUCACUACCAUCUUCCCUACCACCUACGCUGCUGAAAUCUUCUACCCGCCUUACUUCUCUGCUCCAGUUCGUCCUGUUCCCAGCGGUAUUCCCAAGACCCUCUCCUAUGGCGGCGAACCUUUCGACAUCACCAUUCCUGCCACCUCGUAUUCCGGAUCUGCCAACGACGCCGCUGAUGCUACUGUCGUCUCCGUCCUUCGUGGAGGUUUCACUACCCACGCGAUGAACAUGGGUCAACGCUACCUGCAACUCGAAAACACGUACACUGUCCAGAGCGAUGGCUCCAUUGUCCUUCAUGUUGCUCAAAUGCCACCCAACCCCAACAUCUUCCAGCCAGGACCAGCCUUCGUCUACGUCACGAUCAAAGGCAUUCCUAGUAACGGAACGUAUGUCAUUGUGGGUAGUGGACAGAUGGGUCCUCAGCCUACGCAAGCGGCCAGCACCCUUCCUCCCAGCGUCCGCCUUGACACUGCCAAGGGUGCUGCUGAUGGCAGCCAGAGCGGAAAGAACACCGAGUCUACUGAUGGCAAGGUCGAGGAGAGCGGUGGCCUUGGGACUGGUGCAAUCAUCGGUCUCGCCGCUGGCGGUGUUGCAGCCAUUGCGAUCCUUGGUGCCCUCCUUGGUGUCUUCCUUGCUCGCCGCCGACGUGCUGCUGGCCGCGAUGCUGCUACCAACUAUCCCAUGGCGGGUGCUGGUAUGGCUUCCGUUGGUGGUGCUGGUGCGUUUGCUGCUGGCGCUCGGGGCGUCCGUGACUCGGAUUCGAGUGCGUUUGUGCCUUUGGCCCAUGGAAACCACAGCCAUACUUGGAACCAGAGCACGGCGAGCUUGGUAUCGCCGUACAAGGACCAUGAUAUGCCUUCACGAGCCAGUGGGACGGGUAUUAGCAUGGAGUAUGACCCCUACGGUAACCCAUCUCACUCGGGUGUGCAGCAUCCAUAUUCUGGACAGCCUCAUAGGUAUUGA